AUGCCGAAUCCGCUAUUUAUGUCGGUAAUCGACGCAGUGCGGUUUGUGUCAGGAUUCUCGGCCAAGUUUACCAGUGUAGACAAGUACAACUGGAGCUACAUUGAGCGCCCAGGCAAAGAUGAACAGAGCACGGAUGUUGUAGUAUUCUUACACGGCUUCAGCUCCAUGAAGGAGUCUUGGGUUCGAGUUGCACGCAGUGUUGACAAACGUUUCAAAAUCAUGAUCCCAGACCUUCCUGGCCAUGGGCGCACAACUCCUGUGGAUGCACUUGCUAAAUACUCAAUACUUAACCAAACUCAAAGACUGCAUGAGUUUAUCGAGAAGGAGGUCCCUGCGGACAAGAAAAUCCACUUGAUCGGCUGCUCAAUGGGUGGAAUGCUGGCUGGAGUGUAUGCUGGGUUAUUUCCUACUCGAGUGAAGACCCUGACGAUGAUCUGUCCUGCCGGGAUCACUAUGCCCACGAAAAGCGAUUUACUGGUGAUGCUUGAGGAAUCUGGACGCAAUCUCCUCCUUGCACACACUCCCGAAGAUAUCCAUGAAAUGAAUCACGCUCUCAGUUUCAAGCCAUUUAAACUUCCAAGCGCUGUCGCGUCGAUCGUCGCAGCAGAGCGUAAGAAGCAACUGCCGGUGCUGGAGAAGAUUAUCAAUGAUGCUCUUCAGAACCCUAUUGUAUUAGAAGAACAGCUUCCUAAUAUCCGAGCCAGGACGUUAGUGAUGUGGGGAAAACAUGACCGCGUGCUGCACGUAUCGUCGGCGGAAGUGCUUCGGGAAAAGCUACACCCGGAGACGCGACUGCGAUCAACAAAUUCUUGA